AUGGACGCUUUGGAACAUGUUGACGUUUUGGAAUGGAAAGUUGUACCCAUCUUAAGUACUGUAAGUUUUGACACUGGGUUAAAAAAAAUAAAAGAAAUCAUUAUCUCUGACACAUCAUUGGUUGAUUUUGAUAUAUUCAAAAAUAUUGAAGACUUGGCGGUUCUAAACAUUAAUAACAACAGAUAUAUGGAAAGUAUUGAUUCAAAUGCGAAAACUAUUAGUCGGCAAUUGAGUAUUUCCGCAAACGCUAGAGAUUUGGUUGUAUCCUUCCCGCAAAUAGAAUGGGCCAACAAUAUUACAAUAAGAGAUGUUGUUAGUGCCGAUUUGCCUACUUUGGAGUUUGUAAACAAUUCUGCAGAAUUUAUCGAUAAUUUUUUUACCGAGUUGAAAUUGCCCAACGUAAAGUCUAUUGGGGGAACAUUGGGAAUAAUCGAAAAUUAUCAUUUAAAAAAUGUUGAUUUGGAAGAAGUAUCUGAUAUUUUUGGAGGGUUGAUGAUCACCAAUAAUAGUGAAAUUGAAACAAUUAAUUUUCUACCAAACUUACAACAUAUUGGUGGUGCUAUCCAAUUUGAUGGUAAAUUUAAAGACACAAACUUUCCAAAAUUGAAGUUAGUUAAGGGUAGCGUAUUCAUUAAUACAAACUCUAACAACAUGAAUUGUAACAAAUGGACAGCACCAGAAAACGGCUUAUCUAUCAUAAGGGGUGGUAAAAUUAUUUGUAUUUCUGGUAGAAAACAAAGUACAGUAAGGUUGAGCGAAGAUGGUCAAAUUCUAAACAAAGAUGAAAGUGACGUUGCUGAAGAAACACAAAUUAAAGAAAAUAGUGGGAAUAUGGGUAUUUUAAACAAUAAAAUUAGUAUUUCAUGGGUUAUAGGAUUUGCCAUUAUUGCAGUAUUGUUAACAAUUCCAUAUUAA